AUGGGCGUGGUGAUAAUCGACGGAACUACAGUGAGGGAGUUCGUGAAAGAGGAGGCGCAGUUCAAGAAGAGCGUAGACGAGCAGUUUGUGGCUCUGGACCUCAACAGCGAUGGCGUUCUGUCGCGGGCGGAGCUACGCAAAGCGUUCGAGUCGCUGAGGCUGAUUGAGGCCCACUUCGGCAUCGACGUGGCCACCCCACCGGAGCAGCUGACUCAGCUCUACGACUCCAUAUUCGACAAGUUCGACACCGACCAGAGCGGGACGGUGGAUCUCGAGGAGUUCAGGGAGGAGAUGAAGAAGAUUAUGCUGGCCAUCGCCGACGGGCUCGGCUCAUCCCCUAUUCAGAUGGUUCUUGAGGACGACGACCAAAACUUUCUCAAGAAGGCUGCCGAUCUCGAGGCUUCCAGGACCUCCCUCUGA